CAUUUUAACAAAUUCACUCACUACGCAGCAUGUGUGAUUUGCAGUCAGUUUUUACUCUGAUGAGGAACGUAAUAUUUUUGCACAAAAUUUCGCAAAUUUACAAAUUGCAAAUUCUCUAAUUGACUCCACCCCCAAGAUGAGCAUCCCUUCCGACGCGGGGGCGAGAUUGCUCGAUUUUUCGACACGUUUCGACAUUGAUUUGUUAGACCGGGUCGUAUCCGUCGUGUACAAGGAGACGGGGGAACAGCAAAAACUAGCCCAAGAAAUAUUAUCAAUGUUAACAAAUCACGCCGAAUCCUGGACUCGCGUCGACGCUAUUUUAGAAUUUUCAAAUCACAAGGAGACAAAGUAUUUUGGACUGCAGAUCCUGGAGCAGGUUAUCAAAAAGAGGUGGAAGGCGCUCCCGAGGGCGCAGUGCGACGGAAUUAAGAAGUUUAUCGUCGCCCUCAUCAUCAAGACGAGUUCGGCGCCGGGCGCGCUGCAAGGCGAUGAGAAGGUGUAUAUUAACAAGCUAAAUGUGAUAUUAGUUCAGAUACUGAAGCGUGAAUGGCCCAAGAACUGGUCUACCUUCAUUCCCGAUAUUGUCGGUGCCUCGAAAACCAACGAAUCUAUGUGUCAAAAUAACAUGACGAUUUUGAAACUCCUCUCCGAAGAAGUGUUUGACUUCUCAUCGGGUCAAAUGGUUCAGGUGAAGGUGGACAAACUGAAGGAGACGAUGCACACAGAAUUCUCGGAAAUUUUCAACCUCUGUCAAUUCGUCAUGGAAAACACGACCAGUCCCCACCUUAUUUUGGCCACGUUGGAAACCUUGUUAAGAUUUCUGAACUGGAUCCCUUUGGAGUAUGUGUUCGAAACGGAGUUAAUCAACGUACUGACGGGGAAGUUCCUCGCCGUUCCCCCGUUUCGCAACGCGACUUUGAAAUGUCUCACGGAAAUCGCCCCCCUCACGACGCCCUUUACAAAAUACUACCCCACCAAAUUCCUCCAGCUGUUCAGCCAAACCCUGUCCCAGCUGGAGGUGAUGAUCCCCCUUCCGAUCGACCUCCGCGAUGCCUACUCCCGCGGUGGGGACGACGAACAGCAGUUCAUCCAAAAUCUGGCCAUGUUUUUAUCCACGUUUCUGAGGAAACAUGAAAGUCUCGUGGCCCGACACGUGCCACACCUGCUUUUCAAAGGGUUACAAUACCUCGCCCUUAUUUCGGAGGUGGAGGAUGUGGAAAUUUUGAAGAUUUGCCUAGAAUAUUGGAACGACCUAGCUUAUAGCCUUCAGAGUGAAAUCUUCUUCUACUCUCACUCCAACCGGAACCUCUUCUACGGCCCACUCCUCUCCAUGGUGCGAUUCGUUCUGAUCACCCGGAUGGUGAAACCGGAAGAAAUCCUCGUCGUGGAAAACGAGAAUGGAGAAGUGGUCCGUGAAUUCAUGCGGGACACGGAUUCUAUUAAUUUGUACAGAACUAUGAAGGAAACACUGAUCUCAUUGACCCACUUGGACUGCCAGAGCACGGUUAAGAUUAUGAAGGAAAGACUAAAGAAUCAGGUGGAUGGGAGCGAGUGGAGCUGUCAAAAUUUGAACACGCUCUGCUGGGCAAUCGGCUCCAUUUCCGGCGCCAUGGGUGACGAUGACGAGUUGCCCUUUAUCCUGACCGUGAUGGAAGAUUUGUUCGUGUUGUCAUCCCAGAAAAAGAAGGAAAAUGACGAAAAGGGGGUGAUCACGUUUAAAAUAUCCUUCAUGUACCUGGUCGCCCAAUACCCCCAGUUCCUCCGGGCACAUCCAGAAUUUCUGAAAAUUUUCGUCAGACUCCUCUUCGACAAUAUGCACCUGACCCAGGAAGGAGUACAAGACAUGGCGUGCGAUACUUUAGUGAAGAUUGGUCAGCAUUGUUCACACCUCUUCGUGACUGUUCAAUGUUCACGGUUCACUGUUCAAAACGGAGGGAAUCAUCCCUUCAUCGAGGAGAUUUUGACAAGAUUGCCGACCAUAAUUUCCGACCUGACGCCGGGGCAGGUGCAAACAUUUUAUGAAGCCGUUGGCUACAUGAUCGCGGUAGAGGAGGAUAACUUACUGCGAGAUAAUUUGAUCGAGAGGUUGAUGACGUUGCCGAAUAGGGCUUGGGAUGCCAUUAUGAGUCAGGCCGCUCGGAAUGUGGAGGUCCUCAAAGAGAUCGAUUGCGUGCAUCAAUUGGCGUGUAUUUUAAAGACGAAUGUACGAGCGGCCAAGUCUUUGGGACAUGUUUAUGUGGGACAGCUCGGUCGGAUCUAUCUCGACAUGCUGAACGUUUACAAAGUCACGUCAGACAACAUCACGUCCGCCAUCGGCACGUACGGCGAGUCCGUCACGAAGCAGCCGGUCAUUAAAGGGAUGCGCGUCGUGAAGAAGGAAAGUCUAAAAUUAAUUUCGACCUGGAUCAAGCGCUCUGAGAAUCCAGAAAUGGUUCUCGACCACUUAAUCCCCGCCUUGCUGAACGCAGUCCUGCUCGACUAUCAAAUCUGCUCCGUCCCAUCGGCCCGCGAACCGGAAGUGCUGACCACCAUGGCGACAAUUGUCAAUAAAUUGGAGGCCAGGAUAACACCCCAAGUGCCCAAAAUAUUUGAUGCCGUGUUCGAAUGCACGCUCGGCAUGAUUACGAAAGACUUUCAAGAGUUUCCUGAACAUCGAGUUGGAUUUUUUGAAUUGGUUAAGGCCGUGACGACCCACUGUUUCUCAGCCUACUUGACCAUCCCACCUCCUCAAUUCAAACUGGUCCUGGACUCGAUAAUUUGGGCGCUAAAACAUACCAUGCGCGCCGUGGCGGAUAUCGGACUGGAUAUUUUGUAUACCCUUCUGCAGAAGAUAUCCGUUCAACCCGUAGAGAUUUCCCGAUCCUUUCAUGAAACCUAUUUCCUCGAUAUUCUCGAGCACGUGCUAUCCAUCGUGACGGACUCCUCCCACGUGGGCGCUCUCUCCAUGCAUGCCACCAUCUUGGCGUACCUCUUCUCCAUCGUGGAAAUGGGACUUGUUCAGCUACCAGGGGCUGAGGGGGUCAGUGGCGGCGUGGCGGUGUUGGUGCAGACCCACGUGAUGGAUCUCCUUAAGCGUGAGUUUCCCCACUUGACGGACAACCAGGUCAAGGUCACGGUGCUCGGCAUGUUCUCGCUUAACCAGGACGUGACCAGAUUUAGGGACCAUUUGAGCGACUUUUUAGUACAGAUUAAAGAAAUUACUGGCAACGACGAAUCAGACCUUUAUUUGGAGGAGCGUGAAGCCACAUUGCAGAAAAUUGAGGCGGAAAAGGGUCCAUUUUACAUGGCCGAGAAUGGCUGUUUGAAUCCGGAAGGGGAAGACGUUCCUAAUUAAUUUACAUAUUUGACAAUUUACAUAAUAUUUAC